ACCGGCAAGUCUAGCGCCAGCGUCGGUCUGAAGCGUUUCCGGUUGUGGACUACAUUUCCCGUCGGCCCCCGCGGCGCGCGCCCCGUUGGCGCCCCCUUUCUGGGUCCAGGCUCAUAGUCGGAGCCCAUGGACCCUUUAGCUCUGCCAUCUCAGGACUCUGCCCUUCUCCAAGAGAGGAACCAGGAGGAGGAUUCAUCAGCCCUCAAAAUUCUAAAAGUCACGUCCCUCGGGUCAGUAUUGUUCAGGGAUGUGGCCAUAGUCUUCUCCCAAGAAGAAUGGGAACAGCUGGCACCUGCUCAGAGGGAUCUGUACAGAGACGUGAUGUUGGAGACGUACAGCAACCUGGUCUCACUGGGUAAGCCACCUCUGAGAGCUUAUAGAUGUUAUUUUGAGACUAAACUUUCCAUUUUUACUAUAGACAUUCCCUUUCUGUGGAAAAGGGAAAAACAAACACAUACUUGCUUUUUUUGUUCUCUUCCAGGACUGGAGUCUAGGCCUGAUACCAAGGUGUCACCUCUAAGGCAGAACGUUUAUGAAGUAGAAUCACUCCAGUGGGAGCUCAUGGAAAGCCUUACAAGCUAUAAGCUGGAGUGUUUCCAAGAUGACUGGGAACACAGAGAGCGAUUUGACAGACAACAGGGAAAUGCAGACGGACAUUUCAGUCAAAUGAUAAUCAGUCAUGAAGAAAUGCCCUCUUUUGGCCACCAGACAUCUGUGACAUUUUAUCAGAAAAUCCAUGCUGGAGAAAAACCCUAUGGAUAUAAUGAAUGUAGAAAAGAAUUAUGGCAAGAGGAAUUCCUUAUUAAUCAUCAAGGAAUUCAUACUAAUGAGAAACCUUAUAAAUGUAAGGAAUGUGGGAAGGCCUUUAAGUAUGGUUCACGACUAAUUCAACAUGAGAAUAUUCAUUCUGGCAAGAAACCCUAUGAAUGUAAGGAAUGUGGAAAGGCCUUCAAUUCUGGUUCAAAUUUCACACAGCAUCAGAGAGUUCAUACUGGCGAGAAACCUUACAAAUGUAAGGAUUGUGCAAAGGCCUUUAGUCGAAGCUCACAACUGAUUGAACAUCAGCGGAUUCAUACGGGUGAGAAACCCUAUCAAUGUAAGGAAUGUGGAAAGGCCUUCAAUCGGAUCUCACAUCUUAAAGUACAUUACAGAAUUCAUACUGGUGAAAAACCCUAUGCAUGCAAGGAAUGUGGGAAAACCUUUAGUCAUCGGUCUCAGUUGAUUCAACAUCAGACUAUUCACACUGGCAAGAAACUCUAUGAAUGUAAGGAAUGUGGGAAAGCCUUUAAUCAGGGUUCAACUCUUAUUCGACAUCAGAGAAUUCAUACCGGUGAGAAACCCUAUGAAUGUAAGGUAUGCGGGAAGGCGUUUAGGGUCAGCUCACAACUUAAGCAACAUCAGAGGAUUCACACUGGGGAGAAACCCUACCUAUGUAAGGUAUGUGGUAGGGCCUUCAAACGGGUGUCACAUCUUAGUGUACAUUAUAGGAUUCAUACAGGUGAGAAACCAUAUGAAUGUAAGGAAUGUGGGAAGGCCUUUACUCACUGCUCACAACUGAUACAUCAUCAGGCAAUUCAUACUGAGGAAAAGCCCUAUGAAUAUAAGGAAUGUGGGAGGACCUUAAGUCAUGAUUCAACUACUGUUCAACAUCAGAGAAUGUGUAAUGGAGAAACACAUGUGAAUAUAAUAAAUAUAGAAAAGCCUUCCAUCAGCACUUAUCCCUUAUUAAUUAUCAGAGAACUUAUGUUAGCAAGCAACCAUAUAAAUGGAAGUAAUGGGAAAAGCUCAUUAGCUUAGGCUAAUUGUAAUUUACUCCUGCAACUUGGAGAAAGUCUUGAAGAGUGUAAUGCAAGUGGAAAUGCCUUCAUUCACAGGUUUCCUUUAUCCUGAGUCAGAAAACACAUAUUUAAAAAAAAAAAAAAUUACAGAUGUAAAUUUAGCAUGAUUGUCAAAGAAGCAGGGAAAGGUUGGAAAAAUUUUUGUCUGUAACAAAUUCCAGAAUCACCUUUUCUAACCACAGUGUAAUAAUUUUAAGAAUAGUCAAAAGUGUUAAUUUUCUUGGAAAUUAAAAAAAAACAGCCAAAUUACUCUU